AUGACACCUGGGAGCCCGUCAGCAUGGCUCAGCCAGGACAUUGGAUCGCCGUCGUUGUUCCGCAUGCCACUGUCGCCAUCAGCGGUGCUGGAUCCAUUUCGGCGCGCCUCGCAUGACGUGUGGUCGCUUCCACCCACGCCUGGCACCACGCACCCGCCACAUCCGCCCCACACGUCGUCCACACUCUCGGGCGUGGUGACGGCACAGUCCCAGCCAAUGUACGACGAUAGCAACAUGCCAACCCCCAGCGCCCGCGCUCACGACCGCCAACGCCAACCUGAACACGUUCAGUACCACCAACAGCAGCAACAUGUAGGCGAUUUCACACAACAGCAACAACAGCAACAACAGCAACAACAGCAACAACAGCAACUGCAUGCCCACGUGGAGCACGGUCAGCCUGCCGGUUCGGGCUGGUCUGUUGCGUCUGCGGGCAUGCAGUAUGUCUCGACAUCUACGUUGUCGUGCAUGCCUGCAGGCAACCCAACGCCCAACCAAGAGCAGCUCCUGCUGCAGCAACAACUGCGUGAGGAGCAGGAGCAGAUGCGGCUUCACGGCGGCGGUGCAGACUCGGGCGUUGGCGUGGACGCAUCCGUGCACGCCGAUGGCACAGGCCAAGAUGAGCCACCAGCGAAGCGACCUUUUCUCACAGAGGCAGCAGAACUGCAACACCAGCUGACGCAGCAACAGCAACAGCAGCACUUGCAACCACACUUGCAGCAACAACCACACUUGCAGCAACAACCACAACUGCAGCAACCAGGAAAUGGGAUUCCUCCACCCACUGCCCCGCCCCCACCUGCAGCCAUGCUCGGGAAUGGGCAUGUUGAUCCAGUCGCCCUGCUUUCCAUGCUGCAAACCUCCGCACCAGGCGACACCUCCGCUCCAACACCGGCAGCUGCGGCGGCAGCCAGGUUGCAUGCAGGCAACGCCACCAGCGCGCUGCGCCACGGUGCAUAUGGACAGGUGCCUGGGGCCAGCAUGCCCUUGACGGACAUGGGCGUGGCUGGUCCUGUCGGCAACAGCUUUGGGUUCUUCACCCAGCACCAGCAGCGCAUGCCUGCAGGCAGCAAUCCAGAUGAUACCACGUCCUCUCAACACGUCUGCCCUAUCUGCGAAGGUCCUGGUCGAAACUCUGCAUCAAAGAUCUGCAACAAGUGCUUUGGCGGCUUGCACAAUGACAUUCGCAAAUGGUCACGUGGCAUCCGUGAAGGCAACGUCGUUGUUCCUGCCUCUCCCUCCGACCUCACAGUCAAUGAUUUCGAGCGCGCGUUGAUGCACUAUAUCCCACGGGGAUGCAAGUCCGGAACCAACGCUUGUCCGCCCUCAGCCUACCACACCUCUGUGCCAUCAAAUGAGAUUUGCACGCGCUGCCGCACUCUUGCCAUCUGCUCCCGGUUUUCACACGAAGUGCAGUCACGCAUCCAAACCGCUCUGACGCAGAUGUACAACAGAGGCGAAGUGAGGCAGCCUCCCACCACGGGCGCGGACCAGUUUCACCAGCGGUAGCAGUGCUUUUCAUCGUCCUCCAUGCGCCAUUCGCCAUUCGCCAUUCCCCUCAUUCUCUCUCCACUCCACUGCGACAGCGUGUGCUUGAUUUGAUGGCUGGCAAAGAAAGCAGAAGCACCUGCUGGGCAGACUGCUGCUUUUGCCAUUGGCCCCUGCGUGCCUUUAUUCGAUUAUGUUUGUGAUCACGUCAUGUUACAAAGCACAUGAGUGCAUCUCAUCUUCUUCCCCGCCCUUGUGCCCGCUGCUUGCUGCUUGCUGCCUGCUGAUUAUUGAUUGUUCUUGCGUGCACGCCGUGGGCUGGCCACGUGCUGAGCAGCGUUUUACCACCUAUCCCCGUUAUCCGCUUGCUUGUCUGUCCGUCGUUGCAUUCUGUUGUCUUACUUUAUGUUGCACGCUGUUUUUUCGUUUUGUGGUUUUGCGCUUUGGUUUGCGUGUUUUCCUUCUUCUUUCGUUCUUGAUUCAUCCCUAACAGCUGAACCACGAGCGGGCCCCUUUUGCCCUUUGUUACACUACCCUCCCCAACGUCGGGUUCCGUUGUCUCCUGCUUGCAGCUUCAAGCAACCAGGUGUUUCUGUGCUUCUUCCAAUUUCUUGUCUUCGUUGAUCUUCUCCUCUCUUCCCUGAACUGUUCAGCCAUGGACAGGUUGAUGUUGGUUGCGUGUUCAUACACUUUCAACCUAACUGUCGGUGUGUUUUUACCACGCCUCAUGCUUGGUUGCUUGGUUGCCGUGCCACCAGCAACAGUUGCUUGCUUCCUUCUUGCCUUUUGUCACAUUAUUUUUUUUGCUUGCACUUUGGGAGCAAGAUGCAGGUCCGUUGCGAAUGGUGUUGUCAACAGCGCUCUUGCUUGCUUGCUUGCUUGCUUCAGUCUCAUAUUUGAUGCGCGCGCGUUUCGCAGCGCAGUGUCUUGCUCACGGCACAACUGUUGACGACAUGAUAAAUUACAUCCCUCC